AGCAGAAGAAGAAACAAGCUGUCAAAUCGGGGAGAAGCAAAAAAAACGGGAAAAAAUCGUGUUCCAGAAAACUGGGUGCACGCAGUUUUUAGCUUGGAAUCGGUGCCAUUCGCUGCCGCGACCGGCCCGCUCAGGUAUCUUCGGGUGGCGCACGUUUCGGUUGAGCCGUUGCCGGUGCUGGUGGACGGGGAGCUCCGGGGGAGUGCGGAAAAUUGCGUCGGAAAGUACGCGAGGUAAUCUGACGGACGACGCGUGUGUGUUUGUUUGAUUGUGUGUGCGUGCCUGCGUGUGCCGCGGCAACAGGAAGAAGGUUCCCGGGUUGGUGGUCGAGUUCCGAGUUUGUUUACUCCGGUGACGUUGGUAACGGGUUUGGUCGAGGGGGUGGUCGCCAAGGCCUGUUGCGAUCGAUUUCUUCCAGAGCAGGAGCAGCAGCUGUCAGCGGGAUCAAAACAAAACAAAGGUUGUCGAAAUGUCUUUUCCGACGGGGCCGCCACCGCCGAUCGUUCCGGCCGGAAUGCCGUUCGGAAUUGCUCCGCCACUGAUGCCAUCUUUGAUCCCCGCCGGAAUGCCACCGAUGAAUCAGCCUCCGCCCGGUGGAGGUGGUCGUCGGGGUGACUUUCGGGGGUCCGGGUCGACGAUCGGGUCUCGGCCGCAGAUGUACAAUAACAACAACAACAAUAAUCACCACCACCAUAAUGACCGGCGCCGGGAAGACCACCGAGAGCGGGGCGGAGUGCAGGUUCCAAACGCGGCGCCAACCAUGGACGGACCGAUCAUUACCGUGUUUAUCGGGAACAUCAGCGAUAAGGCGCCCGAUCCGAUGAUCAAGAAGAUACUGGCGUCUUGUGGGACGGUCAUCAACUGGAAGCGCGUGUCCACGUUCGGGUUCUGCGAGUAUGAUGGUGCCGUGGCGGGUGCCCGUGCCGUCCGGCUGCUGCACGACAUGGAGAUCGACGGCAAGAAGCUGGUCGCGAAAGUGGACGCCAAGAACAAGGCCCUGCUCGAUGACCACAAGGAGGACGACCAGUCGGCGAAUCGGGCCGGAAACGAAAAGUUCGGUGACGACGAAGCGUUGGACUUGAUUACGCGCAUUCUGGACGAGUUCCGGGACGACCUGACGGGUGGCGGCGGCGGCGACGACGACGGCGAGGCAAGCGGUGAUGGAGGUGGCGGCGGCAGCAGUGGCAGAGGCAAAUCGGGCAAAACUAAACGGAACCUGCAGACGCAGGAGAUGGAGGAGGGCAAGCGGGAACUGAUCAGCCAGGAGAUUGGCAGGUUCCGGAAGUACACCGAAGAGAACGAGCAGCGCAAGGAGAAGGAGAAGGAACGCCGGAAGGCGAGGGACGAAAAGAAGCCGGAGUCGGAUGCGGCGGUUGCGCCCAGUUCGAGCGAAAAGAAGCGGUCUUCCGUGUCGCCAUCGUCGUCGUCGUCCCGCAAGGACAAGGACAAGGACAAGGAAAAGGAGAAGAAAUCCUCGAGGAGACGGAGUCGGAGUCGGGAGCGAGAGCGGGAGAGGGAAAGAGAGCGCGAACGUGAGCGGGAAGCUCGCGAGCGAAUUGAGCGGGAGAACCGGGAGAUUGAAGCUCGUGCCCGCGAGAGGGAGAGAGAGCGCGAGAGGGAGAGGGAGCGCGAGAGGGAGAGGGCUUCAACUCGCGAGCUGGUCAGCCGAAAUCCGCGGGACAUUUUGCGCGAGAAGGAGAUGGAGGACGAGGCGCGCGAUCGGAGAAAGGCGGAGAAGAAGGCCAAGGAGAAGGAGGCCGCCUACCAGGAACGGCUCCGCAACUGGGAAGCGCGCGAGCGGCGGAAGGCCAAGGACUACGAAAAGGACCGCGAGCGGGACCGGUGCCGCGAGGAGGAGCGCGAAAAGGAGGCCAAGCGGUUGAAGGAGUUCCUCGAGGAUUACGACGACGAGCGGGACGAUCCCAAGUACUACAAGGGCCGCGAGUUGCAACGCCGACUAGCGGAGCGUGUCCGCGAGGCCGACCUGGACUCGAAGGACCGCAACAAGGAGCAGGAAGAGCUGGACGAGCUCAAGAACAAGAUCUUUGCCGGCGAGUAUGACAACCCGACGGCGGAGUUUGAAAAGGAAAAGAAGAAACGCGAGGAAAUGUACCGACCCAAGAUCCUGAUCGACGUCAACCUCGAGCAAUCGCAGCAGCGCGAGCGUGAAAUCGAACGCGAGCGGAUGCGCGAGUUGGAACGCCAACGGGACAAGGAACGGAUCCGGGCCAACAAGGAGCGGUACGUGAUGGCGCAAGCUUCCCGCGAACUGGCCGCCAUCGACGCCGAACCGAUCGAGUCCGACUCGAGCGGGCAUGACGAUGGCGGGGGUGGCGGCGCCAGCUUUGGAUCCCCACCAAUCCACCAAAACAACAACAACAACAACAGCAGUAACCACCACCAUCCGGGCCACCAGCAGCAGCAUCAUCAGCAGCAGAUCCAUCCGCAGCAUGCCGGUUCGGAGACGCGGGAUUCGUUUGGCUUCGGCCAGAUGGGAGGAGGAGGGAUGGACGAUGACAGCUCGCGCCACUCGAUGCGGUCCAACUCGAUGCGAUGGGCAGUCCGGAUGGGUUUGGGGAGGAGCGGGACUGCCAACAGCAACAGCGGCAUGAACUCGUUGUCGAUGUCGUCGGAGAAGCACCAGCCGAUUGCGCCCACCAUCAGUUUGAGCUUGAACGCGGCGGCCAAGAAGAAGAAGCUCGAGAUGAAGGACGUGUUCAACAGCUUGGACGACGACGGGGAGGAGUCGAACGGGCCGAAAAAGCGGAAGCUGGUGCCGUUGGACGAGGAAAACCGCCCUCAAAACACGGCCGCCCCGCGCGAAUCCCACUCCAAGUCCAGCAAGUCGAGCAAAAACUCUGGUGGCGGCGGCGACGAGCCUUCAUCCGGCAAAUCCAGCAGCCGCGACCAGGCCAAAUCGCAGGAGGAAAAGCGGCGCCACAUCAAGAGUAUUAUCGACAAAAUCCCCACGGAGAAGGCGGACCUGUUCAACUAUCCGCUGGAUUGGAACGAGAUCGACGCCACGAUCGAGAAGAAGAUCCGGCCGUGGAUCAACAAGAAGAUUAUCGAGUACAUUGGCGAGCCGGAACCGACGCUGGUGGACUUUAUCUGCUCGAAGGUGCUGGCGGGGAGCACCCCGCAGGGCAUCCUGGACGACGUGCAAAUGGUUCUCGACGAGGAAGCCGAAGUGUUUGUGGUCAAGAUGUGGCGUCUGCUGAUCUACGAGGUCGAAGCCAAGAAGGUCGGACUGACCAAGUGAGGGGCGUUGGUGGACGUUGCCGGCUCAGCACAGGUAUCUACCACGUGUCAGUCAUUUUGAUCCAAUUUUCCCCUUUUGAAAAAAAAACAGCAACAAAAUCAUGUUUACUCUAAGUAAGGUGUAUCUCAUAGAACAAAAACAACAACAAUUGCAAAUAAUAUAUUACUCUGGUACAGUGCGAUAAUGGAAUGAAAUAAAAGCAGCAAGAUUUUAACCCUGUACGAAAAACAGCAAAUAGUAACAUAAACAUUUAGUUGAAAGCAAAACGAAAUGAUGAGUGUGUUUCAAGUAGACAAACAACCAACCAGUUAAAAUUUUGUCGCAGGAUGAAUACCCGGACCCGCGAUGCUUCCAGACAGACACAAAGAGAGAGAGAGACCGGUGGAGGCUUCCCAUCAUUCUGCGGUGUUCCGGAACAGACAGCCAGAAACACACACUCUGACAAGCAAAAAGAGUUGGAGAAUUUUGAACAGAGUAAUUUUAUGUGAGUAGAAACAAGCUAACUAAUUAAUUGAACAGAAAAAAUAUCAGUAAAAAAACAUAAAUUCUUCAAAUUAUACACACAAAAAACGUACACAUACAUGCAUACAACCCAUGAAUAUUAAGAUUAUGAUGAAAGAUUCUUGCUUAAAAAUAAAACAGAAAACUUUGACGAAAAAGGACAGAAAACCAAGA